AUGCCACCGGUAAAAAGACGGGAGUCCCGGUCGGGGUCGAGGAAAGUGUCAGCGCUUUCUGCGGAGCAACUGGAGCGAAAACGUGCCAAUGACCGCGAUGCUCAGCGGUCCAUUCGACAACGCACCAAGGAGCAUAUAGAGCAACUUGAGGCUCAGGUCGCCAGUCUUAAGUCGCAGAUUGCGGAGAUGCGGCUCCGAGACGAGCGUUUUGACGAACUCAUAAAGCACAAUGCUUUCUUGGAGAACGAAGUAAGGCGGUUGAAGUGCCAAGUCGCUUCCUUGACUGGCCGACCAGAGCUUGCGGGAAGUACCGAACCCAUCGCUCCGUUCCGAGGUGUCUGGCCUCCUCAGCACAUUCAGCAACACGUCGAGCGUCUCAUCAACAUGACUGGCACCAACCAUAUCCAUCCACAAGAUCGCCGUCGCAAGGUGCAACCUCGGACCCGGAGUUUCACUGUCGCAUGGAGCCAUAUGCAAUGGAUUCUCAUCUACAUCCAGGGCAACGCAUCGGUCCCCAUGCACCUCAAAUCAGCUUUGGCGGCACCUCAAGUCCACCCCAGCAACAUUCAGGGGCUGCUUUUUCUCAGUACUCGUACAGCUCUCGGCCCCUCCCAAUCUCAAACGACGGGCCAGUCCCUCAGCCAAACCCCGUCCGGGUCUAUCGGCCCUCCGGGUCAGCAUACUCACAGCCGCAACAAAGAGACCCGACAUACGAAUAUCCAUGGGAGCCUCCUUCCUGAAUGCCGCGUGAACAAGGCUUUGGAUCCUCGUAAAUUCUUGUGGGCCUACAGCAUGUAA